UGAAUUAUUGGGAGUUCUUUGGAACGUUGAGCCAGCUGGGUAAGAACGCGGAGCGGGCGGAGGAACAAUAGGUUCGAACGUUCGCCUGGUUCCCUCGUGACUUCAGAGCAGGAGAAUCGGAACAACUCGAGGUGACACCCCAGUGGUGCAACUUGGGUUUGGUUUGGUGUGCCCUUUCUCCAAGGAGAUGGUUGAGCUCAUGAUCUUUUUUUUUCCCUUCUGAGUCUAUCUUCGAGUUGGAUCGGAUGCAAAUAAAUACCGUUGCCAUCCAGUUUGGAAAUGUAUUGAUCUCAAAGAAAGUUUAUGAGUAAGUUGCAGAAGCCAGUGCUAACAGGCCAACGGUUUAAGACCAGGAAGAGGGAUGAAAAAGAGAAGUUCGAACCAACAGUCUUCAGAGACACAAUCGUACAAGGUCUUAAUGAGGCGGGGAGUGACCUCGAGGCAGCUGCCAAGUUUCUGGAUGUAACAGGCUCAAGACUAGAUUAUCGUCGUUAUGCAGACACACUGUUUGAUAUAUUGAUAGCUGGGAGCAUGCUAGCCCCAGGAGGAACACGUAUUGAUGAUGGAGACAAAACCAAGGUGACUGAAUACUGUGUGUUUGGUGCUACCGAAGAUCAGCAAGUAAUCCGUAACUAUGCUCAGGUCUUCAAUAAGCUCAUCAGGCGUUACAAGUAUCUGGAAAAAGCAUUUGAAGAUGCAAUUAAAAAGCUAUUGCUAUUCCUGAAAGCAUUUUCAGCUUCAGAACAAACAAAGUUGGCAACGCUCACUGGUAUCCUGUUAGCCAAUGGAUCACUUCCAGCAACAAUUUUAACAAGCCUAUUUUCUGAUAAUUUGGUUAAAGAAGGAAUAUCUGCAUCAUUUGCUGUAAAAGUUUUUAAAUCUUGGAUGGCGGAAAAAGAUGCAAAUGCUGUUACCACAUCCCUCAGAAAAUCCAACUUGGACAAGAAGUUGUUGGAACUCUUUCCGGCUAAUAAGCAAAACUUUGAACAUUUUGCUACAUAUUUCACUGAUGCCGGACUGAAAGAGCUAUCUGACUUCCUACGAGUUCAACAAUCUCUGGGAACUCGCAAAGAACUUCAAAAAGAAUUGAAGGAGAAACUUUCUCAGGAAUGCCCCAUAAGGGAGAUAGUCCUGUAUGUAAAGGAGGAGAUGAAGAGAAAUGAUUUGCCAGAACAAGCAGUAAUUGGUCUACUGUGGGCCUGUGUAAUGAAUGCUGUUGAAUGGAACAAGAAAGAGGAGCUGGUCACAGAACAAGCUUUAAAACAUCUUAAGCAAUAUGCACCACUCCUUGCAGUAUUCAGUACCCAAGGUCAGUCAGAGCUGACCCUGCUCCAGAAGAUUCAGGAGUAUUGCUAUGAUAAUAUCCACUUUAUGAAGGCUUUCCAAAAAAUCGUUGUGCUAUUUUACAAAGCCGAUGUUCUGAGUGAAGAAGCCAUCUUAAAAUGGUAUAAGGAAGCACAUAUUGCAAAGGGCAAAAGCGUCUUUCUUGAGCAGAUGAAGAAAUUUGUCGAGUGGCUACAAAACGCCGAAGAAGAAUCUGAAUCAGGAGAAGGUGAAGAAGAUUAACUAGAACUCGACCAACUAUAUUGUGUGGCUUGUAGGGGUCUAUCCCCUCACCUGUAUGAUUGCAAUAGACGAGAUUGUGCUUCCAAAUCAAGUGGAUACCUUGAGGUAGCUUUGUUUUGUGUAGAAGAUAGACUUAUACCUGAUGUGAAAAAACUGAGCUGUGAGGCAUGACUUGUUUCUGUGGGUCUGUACCCUUGGGGCGCUGUGCUAUAACUGAGUAAAGCUAUUUAAAAGGGAGCCAUGUAGCCAAAAGUAAAAUAACAAUGGACUCCUUUUAUUAGCAUUUUUUUCAAUUACAUUGCUUAUCUAUUGUAACCAUAGUUUUGUCAAUCUUUGUAGCCUAAUAAAAGUUUUGUGGAUAUGUAAUUUGACACUAGAGA